CGCGCUUCAAUCGUCCUCGUCGUCACUCGUGGGUUGAAAAGAGAGAAACAAAAAAAGGGUCAGUGUGAUUUUGAUUCUAUUUCAUGAUUACUAUUAUUGUUAAUAUUUUGCCUCUUGUAUAGAUUUGAAGGCGAUGCAGAUGAUUUUCAUACAAUUGGCAUAAAGGCCGACAUUUAGUUGUGGCGCCUUUUUGAGAUGACGACGUCUCAUUUGCAUGUAGAUUAAGAAUCAGAAGAAAAUACGAAAGUGAUGGAAAGGUUGAAGUUUGUUUGUGUUUUCCAGGCGGCCGACAUGUCGCUGCUGAUUGCGAUUGGCGUUUUCUUGGCGAUCUCGUCGUCUUCGGCGAGCUCAGCGACGCGGGCGCUUUCCUGCAGUACCCGUGGGGCCGACCUGGACCCCGACGCCGUCCUGGCCUCGUGUCCGCCGGACUGCGGGCGAGGGCCGCUUACCGUGUUCGGCGCCGCCGUCUACGCCGACAUCUCGUCCGUUUGCGGCGCCGCGCUGCACAGCGGCGCGGCGGGCCACGCCGGCGGCGAGGUUCGCGUGCAACGGCUGCCCGGCCGACGCAGCUACGUCGGCUCCUUCGCCAACGGCGUCCAGUCACGGGCCUUGUCCCGCCGGAGCUCCUCCUUCCGUGUCAGCGGCCCCAAGAAACAAAGACCACAGGAGCUGAUCCGGCACUCUGCCGCCGCCACCAAGGAAGCCGUGAAGAAGAUGCCUGUGAAAAAAGUUGGAAAUAAAGCGUGUCAGAUGGACAUUGCGGUGGUGAUCGACAGCAGCGCCAACUUGGGCCGGCGGCGCUUCAACCAGCAGAAAAACUUUGUCGCCAAGCUGGCAGCCAUGUUGAAAGUCGGAGUCGACGGACCCCGCGUGGCCCUCGUCCAGGCCAGUGAUGUCCCCAGGACGGAAUUCCUGCUCAGCAACUACACACAACCCAAAGAACUCCAGUUUGCCAUCAAAGAGCUCAGACACCUGGGAGGGGAAACCAACACAGGGAAGGCCAUCACGCACACGGCGGAGAACGUUUUCACUCCGCAGAACGGCGCCCGCCACGGCCGCCCGCGCGUCAUGCUGGUCCUGGUCGACGGAUGGCCGUCGGACGACCCGGAGCGGGCGGCGGCGGCGGCGCGGGAGGCGGGCAUCAACGUCUUCGUGGCCCCCGUCACCAAGCCCGCGCCCGACGAGAUCCUGGCCGUGCCGGACCUCGAUUUCGCCAAGAAGGCGGUGUGCAGGGACAACGGUUUCUUCAGCUAUCAGAUCCCCAGCUGGUUCGGCACCACCAAACACGUCAAACCUCUGGCGCAGAGACUCUGCUCGCCGGACGCGCUCCUCUGCAGUACGGCCCUCCGUCGACGCGACACGGACGACAAGACGGCUUCGGCGCACCCACAAAAAGCCGUCACGCGCCCGUCGUCGUACGUGUUUGAAUUCGGUCAACGUGGUUUUCCUCAUCGACGGCUCGUCCAGCAUGGGCGACCCCAACUUCCGAUCGGUCCUGGACUUCGCGGCGGCGAUCGCCGGCAGGUUGGAGGUCUCCGACGUCGGAGCUCGCGUCGGUCGGUCGGCCGUUCGUCGAAUCGCGCGCCCGACGGGUCGACGGACCGACCGACGGUUUGUGUGUCGCGCUCAGGCGCCGUUCAGUUCACGUACGAUCAGCGCCUGGAGUUCGGCCUCUCGGAGCACGGCAGCAAAGAGGACGUGGUGGCCGCCCUGAAGAGGAUCUCGUACAUGAGCGGCGGCACGGCCACGGGGGGCGGCAUCGCGUACGCCGCGCAAAACGUCUUCAGGCGCGCCGCGGCCGGACGCAACUUCUUGGUCGUGGUGACUGACGGCCAAUCGUACGACAACGUGGCCGAGCCUGCGCUGAUGGCGCACAAUCAAGUUCAACGCAGAUUUGUUUUCAUAUUCAUCCAUCUGUCCAUUUUCGGCACUGGUGACCAUUGGUCUUUUUGUACGAUGCCGUUUUUUUUUGUGGGAAAAGAAACGCGUCCUUGUCCUGACACGUUCAAACUGAAUGAAAAACCAAAGAAAUAUUCUUUCAAAUGCAUCCUACAGUGGAGGUAUGGAAGCCAUUUGGAGAGGUGGCUGUGGAGUUUUUGACCAAUUGUUCAAGAGAAUACCAGCGGGACAGAUGACGUGACAGAAGAAUGGAGGAAAAGUGUAUACUAGUUCCCAUUGUUUAACAACAAAGGCGACGUUCAGAGCUGCGGAAAGUGAAAAAGAAAAAAAAGAUGAUGAGCCACACGAUGCAGUGACGGGAAGGAGUAGCGGAGGCUCGACUCAGGACUGAAGGAAGUACCUGCGAGCAACAGGAGGCUUUCAUGCCGAGAAAGAGGACCGACCGCAGAUGCAAUAUUUGCCCUCGAGGAUGCUCGUGGAAAAGUACAGAGAAGCUCAGAAGGAGCGACGACGUGUCUUCGGAGACCCAGAGAAAGCCCACCACAGAGUACCAAGAGAGGAACGUGAGCCAGUCCCGUGUGGCGGAAUAGUACAGGACGUGUUCGAGGGCGGCAGAACAGCGCUGAGGUGUGACAGAAGAAUUGAAGGUGGAGGUGGGACUGCAUCGGGGAUUCACACUAAGCCCCUUCUUGUUUGCGCUAGUAAUGGAUAGGCUGACGGACGAGGUUAGACUGGAAUCCCCUUGGACCGUGACGUUCGCAGAUGAUAUCGUGAUCUGCAGUGAAAGCAGCGAGCGGGCGUAGGAACAAUUAGAAAGACGAAGGAAAUGCUGAAGUACAACAGAAUAUAUGUGCGUGAAUGAGAGGAAGCUCCGAGGACGAGAGACGGCGAGGGUGGACCACGUCAAAUACUUGGGCUCAACGAUACAGAGCAAUGGAGAGUGCGGGAAGGAAGGGAAGAAACGGGUUUGGCGGAAGGUGUCUGGUGUUCUAUGUGACAGGAGAGUCUCCGCCAGGAUGAAGGGCAAAGUUUAGAAAGCAGCGGCCACGGUGGACGGAUUAGAGACGAGAGGAAGCAGAACAAAUGAAGACGUUGAGGGUCUCGCUUGGUGUAGGAUAGGCUGGAUAGGGUUAAAAAGGAGCUCAGCCAAAGUUGCAUGUUCUGGAGACAAGGUUAGAGGGAGCAGACUAAGAUGGUUUGGACAUGGAGACAGUCUUGACGAUGUUGGGAGCAGGGUGCCGAUGAUAGGAUGGAGCUGGCAGGCAAAAGCGCGAGAGAGAGGAAGACCAAAGAAAAGCUUGAUGGAUGUCGUGAGGACAGUGGACAGUGUUGGAGAGCAAGACGCACGAGAUCCCUCAUCAGUACCAAUGCUCAUUCCUGUAUGCUUAAGAUUAACGGUAUUAAAGGUGAAAUUAAAGUUGGGGUCUGGGGAGGUUCAUUCAGCCUUAAAACGAAUACAAAAGACGGACGGAUACACAUGUGCUCGCUACUUUCCAGAUUUCGCCCAUUACAGGGACGUCGUCGGAUUUGGGGACCAGACUCACAGUGCAAAUCUUAAACCGGGACUAAUCAAAGAUUUCUGCAAAUGACGAGACCCAAAAUUCACGAAGAGCAAAACGUAAACGUGCGAAGGUCUGCUGGAAUAUUUUGUCAAAAUAAAACUUGACUGAAUUGUCACAAGAUGCUAACUUCUGAGCCUGAGCCUGAGCCUGAGCUCGUUUUCAUCAUCAUGUCGUGACAUUUUGGUAAGGCGGCCUUUUUG